GCGGGCGGCGUUCGUGCUAUCUGAUCUGUCGCCACCAGUUGUUUUCUUCAUGCGCCACCCUGCAUGACCCUGCGCCCGCUUGUCGCGACAGCGCCUGCAGCGACUGGUGAUAACCUGAGUUCCUUGACCCAACGCCGGAGGGUGAAAUGAAAGCGCCGACCUCCCGAGCCUUCCGGACCCGCGAUCGUGUGUGGAAGCCCGAGCCGGCCCUACUGCCUCCGGGGUGACGCACGGCCUCCAUCCGCCCAGACAGAUGGCCCCACACCAAGUGCCGCAUCAGCUCCCCUGGAGGGAUGUCCACCCCUUCUUCCUCCUGUCACCGCUGAUGGCCCUUCUCAGCCGGGCCUGGAGCCGGCUGAGGGGCCCAGGACCUCCAAAGCCCUGGCUGGCGGAAGCGGUACAGAGUGCAGAUCAGGGAGAAGCUGGCCUGCAGGGAGAAGCUGAGGCUGCUUUGGCCACUGGCUAUGUCCCCUGGGGCAAACACCCUCCAGGGGUGGCUGAAGGCAGUGGAGCCGCUGUGGAAGAUGGAGAAUCUUCCUGGAAGGCCUGCCCUGCCUUAAAAGCCAACAGUUCUCUUCUGGAAGCCUGGGAACCUUCAGAUGAUAAUGACGAAGAGUAUGGUGGGGAAGAAGCAACCAGUGGCCCCACAGAACAGGGAAGUGAAUAUACAGACGGCCAGCUCGCUCCCCCGUCCCCCAGCCUCCUGAAAACCCUGCAAGACCCUCCCGGGGAAGAGGAAUCUGAAGAAGGAGGAAUUGCUGAAGAUAAAGCCAUCAUGUUCUCUUUCCCUCCAUCACACUGGGAGAGUGGCCCAGGGAUGGAGGAGGAGGAAGAUGGAGAAGCUGUAAGUCAGGAAGCUCCCAGCAUGUCUACUUCCCCCUUAUCUCCAGGACCCAAGCCCAGACCUUGGGGGUAUUGCGCAGGGGAGGCACAGGCUCCAGCGAAGGAGGAAGAAAGAACAGAGAAUAAAAAAACCAGGAAGACCUCCACUUUCUCCUCAUGUGCAGGCUCCCAUCCCAGCACGUGGGAGUGCUAUUCAGGAGAAGAGUCUGAGGAAGAGGGAGAAGCUGAGUGUCCCUCUUCUAUCCCCCCAACAAGUAUCUUCUUGAGGGCCUGGGUGUACAGACCAGGAGAGGACACAGAGGAUGAGGAGGAAGAAGGGGAAGACAGUGAUUCAGGAACAGCUGAGGAGGAGGGAGAAGAUGAAGGUCCCUCUUCCAUCUCUCCCACAAGCACCUUCUUGAGGACCUGGGUAUACAGACCAGGAGAGGACACAGAGGAUGAGGAAGAAGAAGGGGAAGACAGUGAUUCAGGAGCAGCUGAGGACAAGGGAGAAGCUGAGGGUCCCUCUUCCAUUCUCCCAACAAGUACCUUCUUGAGGGCCUGGGUAUACAGACCAGGAGAGGACACAGAGGAUGAGGAGGAAGAAGGGGAAGACAGUGAUUCAGGAGCAGCUGAGGACAAGGGAGAAGCUGAAGGUCCCUCUUCCAUUCCCCCAACAAGUACCUUCUUGAGGGCCUGGGUAUACAGACCAGGAGAGGACACAGAGGAUGAGGAGGAAGAAGAGGAAGACAGCAAUUCAGGAGCAGCUGAGGAUGAGGGAGAAGCAGAGGGUCCCUCUUCCAUCCCUCCCACAAAUACCUUCUUGAGGUCCUGGGUGUACAGACCAGGAGAGGACACAGAGGAUGAGGAGGAAGAAGAGGAAGACAGCAAUUCAGGAGCAGCUGAGGAGGAGGGAGAAGCUGAGGGUCCCUCUUCCAUAUCCCCUGCAAGUGCCUUCUUGAGGUCCUGGGUGUACCGACCAGGAGAGGACUCAGAGAAGGAAGAUGAGGAGAAUGAGAAAGAUGGCUCAGAAGCAGCUGGCUCAGAACCAGGUUCUUCCAUUCAGGCCCAGAGUUCCUUCUUCAGGGGCCCGAGAUCUGCACCUGGAAAGGAGACAGAGGAUGGAGAAGCUGAGCCCCACCCCUUCCGAGUGGCCAUCUAUUUGCCUGGAGAGAAGCCACCACCUCCCUGGGCUCUUCCUCGGUUGCCUGCUCGACUGCAAAGGCGCCUCAAGUCUGCAGAAGCCCCCACCCGACAUCUGGACCCUGAGACCCCCCAAAAGACCACAAAGGUGCGCUUCUCUGAGAAGGUCUCCAUCCACUUCCUGGUUGUCUGGGCUGGACCUGCCCAGUCUGCCCGGAAAGGCCCCUGGGAGCAGCUCGCCCGGGAUCGCAGCCGCUUUGCUCGCCGAAUUGCACAGGCUGAGGAGGUGCUGGGCCCCUGCUUCACCCCUGCAUCCCGGGCCAAGGCCUGGGCACGCCUCAGGGACCCUUCCCCUCCUCCUCCUCCUCCUCUUCCGGCUGCCACACCUGCCACUACCCAGACCUUGCCCACAUCCUCUGUCGAGGCCACGCCCUUGAGCCAUGCUGUGAUUUCUCCCUUCCCUAUUUAUGUGGCUGCACCUCCUUGCCUAGACCUCAGCUGGAGGCGUGGCUAGGGUCAUGCGGUGUUUGUUACUAUUUAUUUAUUUUUUACCAGCUGGUUUAAGAAAUAAAGCCUUUGGAUUUGUACUGAA